UAUAGGACUGCAUUUGUCGAUAUUGUAAAUUUGUCCUGUCAGUAUACAAUAUGUGACAAAAAGGAAAAAAUGAUCUCCUGAUCUCAUCUGACACGUGAUACACAUUUUUAUAAGCCGAAACCGAUACAGGCAUGUGUCACUCAGGUUCUGCUUCCUCCUGGUGAAGGUUGUGUAAGUCAGAGGCACACAGAGGCACACAGAGCAGGUGAAUAUGUUGUUGAGGAGCUUGCUGUUCACAGUGAUCUUUGGGGCAGUAGUGGCCCUUAAAGACCCAAGCCUGGACAUGCACUGGCUGCUGUGGAAGAAAAAUCACAGCAAAACUUACACCAGUGAGUUGGAGGAGUUGGGUCGGAGGGAGAUUUGGGAGAGGAACCUACGCUUGGUCACUCUGCACAACCUGGAGGCCUCUUUGGGAAUGCACACAUAUGAAUUGGGCAUGAACCAUAUGGGAGACAUGACUAGAGAGGAGAUCCUGCAAAUGUUUGCUGGGACUCGUGUACCUCCCAACCUGACAAGGAAGUCUCCAUUUGUUGCCUCUGCUGGAAUUUCAGUACCAGAUUCAGUUGACUGGAGGGAACAGGGCUAUGUAACAGAGGUCAAGAACCAGGGUUCGUGUGGUUCAUGCUGGGCGUUCAGUGCUGCUGGUGCACUAGAGGGUCAGCUAAAGAGGACUACAGGUCAGCUGCUUUCUCUCAGUCCACAGAACUUGGUAGACUGCUCUUCUAAGUAUGGAAACGAGGGCUGCAAUGGAGGUUACAUGUCCGCUGCCUUCCAGUAUGUCAUUGACAAUGGUGGUAUAGAUUCUGAAGAAGCCUACCCUUACACUGCAGUGGAUGGACAGUGCAAGUAUGACCAAUCAAAACGUGCCGCCAACUGCUCCAGUUACACUUUUGUUUCUCGGGGUAAUGAGGAGGCACUUAAGCAAGCUGUGGCCACUAUUGGACCCAUCUCUGUGGCUAUUGAUGCUACUCGCCCAUCGUUCAUCCUGUACCGCAGUGGUGUCUACAAUGACCCAAGCUGCACCCAGGAUACAAACCAUGCAGUGCUAGCUAUAGGGUAUGGCAGCCUGAAUGGAGAGGACUACUGGCUAGUGAAAAACAGCUGGGGUACUAGAUUUGGAGAUGGAGGCUACAUCCGCAUAGCCCGCAACAAAGGCAACAUGUGUGGCAUUGCAAGUUAUGCUUGUUAUCCAGUCAUGUAGCACAGAACAUAUUCUUAGAUUUUUUUAUUACCUUUUCUAGUAUGCUUUUAAAUCAGGUGUUGUAUGAUUUUAUCUUUAUCUUAAAUGCUAUUGUUUUACUAAUAAAUUGAUUUUAUACUGGAACAGACUUUACAGAAAUUGAAACUGUGGCAUGAAAACAUGAUUCUAGCCCACUGAAUUUACAAGUGACUUUUUAUUAGUGCAACAUCACCACAAACAAUUUCACAUGAGGUAUCAAAGGAUUUUCAAAAUUGGUACACAACAUCCAGUUAUGAUUGACACAUAGACUGUCAUGAUUCAAAACCUUUGGUUGGUUAGCAACAUUCAUAGGUUAACAUGAGGAGAGAAUGGCACAAUGACUUACUGACAGAUGUCCCAAAUAAAAGUGACACAAACACGAUGAAUGGCAAUGAUUUUAAAGCUUUUUGGUACCUGUAACCUUUAUAUGUUUUAGAGAUCACAAUAUUGAACACCUUUGUAAGAAGAAAAUCAGAUGCCAACUUCUGUUCUAAAGUGUCUUUCAGUUCUACAAGCUGAAAGGUCAAUUGUGUAUAUACUUCGAACAUUGUCUUCUAAAAUUAUAUUCUAUUUAGACAAAUUACAAAACGUGUCCAGUGGCUGUAACUAUAUUAUGAACAGACACUUUACAGUUUUAGUCAAGUUUGGCUCUUAAGUCAUCUAUGUUCAACUGUCACCUAUUCUUUUUUGAUUUAUUUUUUAACCGGUUACACUCUUGUGGGAAGAAUAAACAAUCAUAAAUACAGCAAGA